UUCAUAUUCCUAUAACACAACGUUAAAAUCAAAUUACCCAUCAUACUUAUAUUCAUAUUUACUAAAAGAUUUUAUUUUAAAUAAAUAAAAAUGAAUUUAAACUUGUCAAAAAAUAGAGAUUCUCAACGACUAACGCUGCUGGAUAUAUCAGAUACGUCCAAUUUAAAUGCAUACACCAUGACUUCCUCGCUAUCGGAAAAUCAUCCAAUUUCAAUGGAACAUAACACCCGUUUGGUCAAUGAAAUGAUUGACUAUAUAUUCGAUGAACGUAAGGGAAUUUGUGAGGUUUCUUCUUCGACCUGCUCAAGUUUGCAAUUACCCUCAUCCGAAUAUAGUUACGAUAAACGUCUUAAAUAUUGGAAAGAAGUUUUAAAAGAAAGGGAGAAAUUGUCUCUUAAGAUUAAUGAACAAACUAAAAAGAAUCCAUCUGAUAUUUUAUAUAAUCGUUUGGCCACUGUAGACGAGCGAGAUAAGCAUACCAUAAAACGUUUAAUGGAUUAUUCACAGCGUUUAAACCCUACUUUUUUAAGCGCCCGACAACCUUCUGUAUUACAAGAAAAAUGUGAUCUAGCAGAACUACAAGAAACUUUACCACAAACUGAGAGACAAUAUAAUCCUGUUUUAGAAAUUAGUGGUUUGCCAAAGGUUGCGCAAGAGGAAUUGCUAGGUAAAGCUAAAUAUCAGGGUUGUAAAAAACCCUCUAGUUGGUUGAAAUCAAAACAUUUGGAAGAACGCAUAGAAGAAAUUCGCAAUGAUAUAGAGCAUGUUAUAGAAUAUUACCCCGAUAUUGAUAAUUUGCAAAUUGUAGGUGAAAGUAUAUUAAAUUCGGAAGUUAAGGAACAUAAUUCUGAGAUACAAAUAAUGUCGUCUAAAGAAAUUUGUAAAAUUUCUACAGAUACUAUUAUUGAAGACGUUCUAGAAGAAUGUCAAAUUCCAAAAAACAUAAAAACAGAUUUAGAGCUCUUGGAUUAUGCAUUUAAAAUAAACGAUCAAAUCAUUUUCGUGGCCAAGAAACGAUGUACUCGUAGUUUUAAAACAUUUACACAAUUUUCAUGUUUUCCUUUUGAAACUGAAGUCAAAAAGAUUUUUUCUAUACAAAAUAUUGGUCGUAAAGUGCUGACUUUUGAAUGGUCCCACCGUUCAUUCUAUGAGAAAAAUUCGGCACUUUUAAAAGCCUGGGACAAUGAGUUUGCUUUCGAUAAUAUGCCAUUUCGUUUGUGCAGCGGAGAAAUAAAAGAUAUAUUAGUUAAAUUUCAACCGAGACGAGUAAAUAUCGUAAAAUGUAAAUGGGUUUUAAAUGUAAAACCCACAUUUUUCAGUCGUAAAUUGGAUGGCAUUGUAAUGCGUUUAAGUGGGAUUUGUUCAGUUCCGCCGGAAUACGAAAGAAAAGUAAAUGAAAUACAAAGAAGAGUUAUUGAAAAAUCAAAUAGAAAAAUGGUUAAUGAAUUAACCGAUGGUUUAGGUAUUUUAGCCGUAGAUGUGCAACCUUGUGAAUAUAUAUGUCCAUAUCAACGUACCUUAAAUGAAAUGGAAUUAUUUGAGCAACUUAAUUGUGGUUUUAAAUGUGAAAGAUAUCAUGAUUUGGAGUUAUUAAAAGAUCUCUAUAAACGUGCCAAGAGACCCAGAGAAAAUAUAUGGGACUUACAAGUAAAAACAUUAAAAAAUGUCAUUUUAAAAGUGAACCCAGCAGAAACGCGAGCUUUAAUGUUCAAUGAACUUAUAGGCAUAUUAGAAUCCAUGAAAGGGCAUAGUAUCGACUUGGAAACUAAAAUUUAUAAUAAUCCCGAAAGACAGCGUACACGUUUUCUGUAUAUAAGAGGUAUAAUUUCAUCAGUUAUAGAAGAAUGGGUGGAUUUAGUGAGCACAAUAGAAGAGUCUUUCUACCAAACUAGUCUUCAAGUUCUAAAUGAAGAACUGGCUAAACAGCAAUUGGAAAAUGAAGAAUUAAAUGAGCAGAAUGAAAAUAUUUUAAAAAUUUUACAAAAUGAUACCGAAAAACGUCAAUAUGUUUUAGAGAAAAGGGUACACAAACUGAAACCAUACCGCGAUGCUUUAUAUAUGCAGACCUAUAAUUUGAUGAGUGAUUUUGUGGAAAAUAUUGUCAAUAUUAUUGAAAGCACUGAAGUUAUAUAA